AUGGCAACGGAGUUGUACGUUUCCAUAGCAACCAUAUGCAUCAGCAGACUCAAGAUAAAUGCAACAUUUUCAGAUCGAAGUAAAAUGGAGGAAAACGAGCAAGUAUUAUUACCACAGGAAAUAGAGGCAUAUUUAGAAAGUUUAGAACCCAUCAGCAUUCCUGAAAUUGGAAGCCCUAGAUGGCUCAAGCAAAGAGAAAGAAUACAUAACUUGUCCCUUCAAGCUUCGUUGGAUGUCAAAUCUGGAAGGGAAGAAAUAGUGAAAGAGUUUCUACUCACACUUGAAAAGCUGUACCAUGAAGUCGCCUUAGAAACAUUUCUGGAAGCUGUUUUAUUUCAUGAAGACGCCAUGGAAGCAGCCGGAGACUCUCUUAUAGAUCUGGUGGAUUACUGCUAUCGAAAUAUAAUCCAAUUUACAAGAAUACCUUUAGGUGUCUUGCAUCGCCUGCUUGUAGUACACGACAUUCCUUUGCUUUUUACAAAUCUCUUGUAUGAGCCUCCUUGGUCAAAGGAAGUGAAUGGUGAAAGAGUGAAGUAUGUCGAUGGGAAAUGGAAGAAGCUGAGCCCCAUUGAUUUCAUGAAAAUCAACAAAAUAGAAGGACAAAUCUGGAUUGCUCUGAUUCAACUUUUACUGAAUCCUGACUGUCAAAAAAAGUAUGAUAUGAGUGGAUACAAGAAAGACCAGUUGUUAAAAUUACGCUGUAGAUUGAAUGAUGUAACUAUUGAACAGAUUCCAGUUUUGCGGGAGCUUUUGCGCUUUCUGGAGCACCUCAGCCUAUUUGAUGCGCCCAUUCCUAAAAAAGGAGUAAUCAUUGAACAAGUGCCAGAAAUCUGGGAAUGCUUACACAAGGAGUAUAGAGAAAAGUGGAAAGAAAUAGCAACUAACCAAAUGAACUCCUGUUUCGCUCUUUCACAAGACGAGCUCCAAGAUCUUUGCAAAAAGCUGACAAACUCCUUUGAUUUGAAAAACAUAGAAGCCAUGCUUUCGGACACGCCUCUAUGCGCACAGUGUGGAGGCAAGGGUUUGAAAAGGUGCUCACGUUGUAAAAAUGAGUGGUACUGUGGAAGACCCUGUCAAGUUUCUCAUUGGGCAAAACAUCAACCGGCUUGCAAUCUAAUGGUGAAAUGA